GAAACAACAAACACAACGGCGGCGGAGGGGAGCGAGGGGGGCGGAUUCCCGCUGCGCCCGUGCGCCGAGCGGCAGCCAAUCGCGUCGCUCGCCCGCCUGCCAAUCAGCGGAAUCCGUCCAAUGCCCGCGGUGUCGUUCCUCAAGCGCGCAUCCCCCCGCCGCGCGCUCCAACUGUCGCGCGUUCUGCCAAUCGCCGGAGGACGGAGUGGGAAAAGGAGCCAGCGGAGUUAGAGGCAGGACAAAAGAAGUUAUACACACCGCCAUACACACGCUCACACACGCAUAUACACACAUAUGUGCUGGAGUUGUUGUUGAAUGGCGUGCUUUGGGGAAAAACAAUAGAAGAGUGCGUGCGUGCCGUGUGUGUGUGUGUGCGUGCGUGCGCGCGCGCGCGGAUGGACUUGACAGUGUGGUCAUGGAGCCCCCUUUGAGCAAGAGGAACCCGGCGCUCAGAUUAGCGGACCUGGCAGCGGCUCAAACCCUUCCUCAUCAGAAUAUGACAGGCUUCCCGGGGAUAGGGGGGCAUCGCCCUCACUCCCACCAUGCCCACCUCCACCCUGGGGAGAUGGGCAACGACCCCGGAGUGGCACUCACUCCAUUCGGACCCGAGCACAUGGCACAGACAAAUGCUCUGAAACUCAGUCCAUCCGAGCACAUCCAAAGCCACCCCGAAGCCCAGACCGCGGCGUCCUUCACCGCUCCUCAGACCACAGUUGGUUUCCCCGUGGCUCACCCCCACCCGGGCUACACCACCAGCAGGGACUACAUCCUCAGGAGAGAGCUCUCCGCCUCCGCCAUGCAUGCACUUGGCGACCAGCACAGUUCCGCCUCCUCCCCUCAUCACCAUGGCGCGUUCAUCUCCCCAACAGGUGCGUACGGGCACGCGGAGGGUGGUGCCCACGCGCUCUUCGCCGGACUGCACGAGCAGGCUGCCCCAGGUGCGCACCACCAUGCCCUCAACGGGCAGAUGCGCCUGGGUCUUCCCGGGGACAUCUAUGGCAGGCCAGAGCACUUCGGACACAGGCCCGAGCACUAUGGAGCUCCGUCCCUCCACCACAGCUACAACUCCAUGAACUUGAGCGUGAGCCUCGCUUCCGCUCCGCACGGAGCCGCGGGCGCGUUCCUCAGGUACAUGCGGCAGCCCAUCAAGCAGGAGCUCAUCUGCAAGUGGAUCGACCAGGAGCAGAGCUCCAAGAAGCCCUGCUCCAAGACCUUCAGCACCAUGCACGAGCUCGUGAACCACGUCACGGUGGAGCACGUCGGCGGACCCGAGCAGAGCAGCCACGUCUGCUUCUGGGAAGAGUGUCCCCGCGAGGGCAAGGCGUUCAAGGCGAAGUACAAGCUCAUAAACCACAUCCGCGUGCACACGGGCGAGAAGCCCUUCCCGUGCCCCUUCCCCGGCUGCGGCAAGGUGUUCGCGCGCUCCGAGAACCUCAAGAUCCACAAGAGGACGCACACAGGAGAGAAGCCGUUCAAAUGUGAAUUUGACGGCUGCGACAGGAAAUUCGCCAACAGCAGCGACAGGAAGAAGCAUUCCCACGUCCACACGAGUGACAAGCCGUACUACUGCAAAGUGAGGGGCUGCGACAAGUCGUACACCCACCCCAGCUCGCUGAGGAAGCACAUGAAGGUCCACUGCAAGUCUCCUCCACCUCCUUCAGCCACCGCCGGCUCCACCUACCAUUCCUCCUCCACCACUGCCUUGGGGGGCCCCCUGUCCCCGGCCUCGGAGAGCCACAGGAGCCGCUCCACGAACCUCUCCCCCCAGGUGACGAACCUCAACGAGUGGUACGUGUGCCAGGGGAGCGCCGGGGCCACCCACCUGCACACCCCGCCCAGCGACCUGCCCACGUCGGACUCGGAGGACGAGGACUCCUUCAGGAACUCAGACCCCAGGGCGAUGCUCUGACACACAGCGUGGCUGCGAAGGAAGGACUAGAAUCGACUGAAUAAAAAAAAGAAAGUUCCAUCAGCACAAAAUGUGAUCAAUGCGCGGGGGAUUAUCGACAUGAUCGGUUUGAUUGAUGAACCAGGAAACAUGGGCUCUCCAAGUCUUCACUCUCUUCUUAUUUUCAGGACCAUUUUUGCACCAUGUCUCUAGGGGUGUCAGAAAGUAACUCCCUGCAAAUCCUUUAAUACGAAAUUGACAAAAAUGAAAAACAGAGGUUGGAUCAGACUGAGAGAACGAUUUACGAAUAAUUAGCCAGCCACACUAUUAAAUUAAAAAGCUACUGGAUGCAGAACUAACACGUAGCACCGGUACCUUUCACCCUAAUUCAGUGUACACUGGUUGGCGUGGGCAUGAUGCCCUCUGACUGACAUGAUUCACUUAUCACUGGUUAAUUAUUAGGCAAUGACACUGUCCAUACGAUCUCAUCAGCAUAUGAGCCAUACGACCACAUCAGCAUCGCCACCCAAAGUUUAGAAAUUCAGUUUAAUCUGUGCAGCCCAUCGACCCUGGUAACCAUGCAGGAGCCCCUCGGAAAAUCAAGGUUCUUUACCCUAUUACAUUACUCUUUUUACUUAAAGGAUCAUACAAGCUCCCAUGCCACUCACAUGGGAACAUUUCCCCCACCCAUAAAUAAAGUUGAAUGGAAUCAUUUAAUUAAAUGACUUACUUUUUGGUGGAAAGAAAAUUGUAAGAAAAUGAAAAUGUAUUGCUUCUGUCGUGGGACAGGGGAAUAAAGGAAAAUCAAAGCAUCACAACAUGGCUGAAAUAAUGUAUAGUGACUAAUUUUUUUUUUUUUUUGACAAAUUAAUUUUGUGUUCUACUAUUUAAAAUAUUUUUCGAUGUAAAAAAAUUUGUAUACAAACUCGUUAAAGAGUACUAAUUUGUCCUUUGAGACCCUAAAUGUGUAAAACAGGCAGGCCUGCUCCUGACUGAUCUGUAUAUAGUUGUACUGUUGGUCGUUUGUGCCGUCGUAGUCUUUAUAACAAGGGAUGUCAUUUUUUUGUAAAUUGUAAUUUAUUUGCUGACACAAUGUCCUGAAAUUACAGACACACCAAAGAGUAUUAAUAAUAAUUUUGGUGAAACCUGGUGAUGCUUUCUUUGUCGUCUGUAAGGAUCAUAUUUCUCUUUUUACUUGAAAACGCAGUGUAAUGUGAAAAAGUCACACAAACUCUCGCAUGGUCUGUAUAGUAGUUCUAUUUAUCGUGGAGGUGCAUGGUGUUGUUGAAUUUGAUGGGGAAAAAAAAGAUGAAACAGCUUUGAUUGUGGAGGUCUUUGAUGUUCGUGAUAAAAAUGACAACGGUUAUAUCCAUGGUGAACAUUAAUAAAAUGAGCAGGACAUUAAAAGUGG